AUGGAAGAACAAAUUAAGGAAUGGAAAGCUACUAGAAUAAUUGGGAUCAUCGGUCUAGGUGAUAUGGGUUUACUAUAUGCCAAUAAAUUCUCAGAAGCUGGUUGGAAUGUUGUAUGUUGUGAUAGAGAAGAAUUCUAUGAGGAAUUGAAAGAUAAAUACAAAGAUGCUAAAUUUUCGAUUGUUUUAAACGGUCAUUAUGUCUCUAGAGUCAGUGAUUAUGUGAUCUAUAGUGUUGAAGCGGCAAACCUAGACAAAAUUGUGUCAUUAUAUGGACCAUCGACUAAAGUAAAAGCGAUUGUUGGUGGUCAAACAAGUUGUAAAAGCCCUGAAAUUGCAGCUUUUGAAAAAUAUUUGCCUCCAGAUGUUGAUAUCAUAACGGUUCAUUCUUUACAUGGCCCCAAAGUCAACACAGAGGGUCAACCGUUAGUAAUAAUCAACCAUAGAUGUUCUGAUGAUAAAAAUUUACAGUUUAUCGAGAGUAUUGUAUCUUGUUUGAAAAGUAAACAUGUUUAUUUAACGUUUGAAGAACACGAUAGAAUCACAGCUGAUACUCAAGCUGUCACACAUGCUGCAUUUUUAAGUAUGGGAGCUGCAUGGGCUAAAGUUAAAGUUUAUCCAUGGACCCAUGGUACAAAUAAAUGGUAUGGUGGAUUAGAGAAUGUUAAAGUUAAUAUAUCUUUACGAAUUUAUUCUAAUAAAUGGCAUGUUUAUGCUGGUUUAGCUAUCACGAAUCCUCAUGCUCAUCAUCAAAUUUUACAAUAUGCUACUAGUGCUACAGAAUUAUUCUCACUGUUUUUAGCUGGUAAGAGAGAAGAGGUGACAAAAAGAUUAUUAGAGGCAAAAAAAUUCGUAUUUGGUAACCAUACGGGGUUAUUAUUACUGGAUGAUUUGAUACUUGAACAGUAUUCAUUAUCAAAGGGAAUUUCUAAUUCAGAGGGUUCAAACGACAAUGAAUCUAAAGAUAAAACAAAGACUGUACCAAAUUCACACCUAUCAUUACUGGCGAUUGUAGAUUCAUGGUACCGUUUAGGUAUAAAUCCAUAUGAUCACAUGAUUUGCUCUACUCCGUUAUUUAGAAUAUUUUUAGGAGUUUCUGAAUAUCUAUUCCUAGAACCGAAUCUUUUAGAACAAACUAUUGAUGCAGCAAUGAAUGAUCAAUCGUUUAGAACGGAUGAUUUAGAAUUCGUCAUUGCUGCAAGGGAAUGGAGUUCUAUCGUUACUUUCCAAAGUUUUGAUUUGUAUGAAGAAAGGUUUGAACAAGUUCAAGAAUUCUUCAAACCUAUGUUUCCUGAAGCUAAUAAGCUUGGUAAUGAAAUGAUGAAAACUCUUUUAAGUCAUUCAAAAUAA